UGGGGGUUAAAAACAUGUGGAUUCUGAAUUUCUGAACUUGAAGCAAAUUGAAUUUUAAAUAAAUUAUUUUUAUUUUCUUGUUUAUUUUUGAACGAAAAACGUAAUUGAACGUAAUUUAUAGAUUUGUAGUUAAAAAGUAUUCUUUCUUGACAAUUUAACUAAAAUUUGCAAUUUCUCGUGUUAUAUUUGUAAAUAAUUCGUUUUUUUUUAAUUGCGAUUCUUUUUCUUCUGAAAGAGAAAGAAAAUAUUGACGUGACGUGCGACAUAACCUCAAAAAAUUGACGGAAGAUUCGCACGUGGUGUUUUGUGAUAAUAUACAGUAAAUUGACAUUUUUAUAUUAAAAUUAUAGAAAAAUAUCGUGUUUUUGUAAAUAUUAUUAUUUACUAAUCAACAAUGGGAAAACCACGCCAAGGCAAAGAUCCAAAAGGUAAAAAAUUAUCUUGGUCGUAUAGAAACAAGAAAAAAAGACUGGGAAAGCCGACUGAAACGGAAAGUGAAAAUAUUCAAGUGCAGAAUAAAAAAGGAAGAAUCGUUAUUCGUAAUCUUUCAUUCAAGAUAACAGAAGGUGAUGUUCGACGUUUGUAUGAACCAUUUGGAGAAAUUGAGGAAAUUAAUUUACUUCGACGUCCAGAUGGAAAACCAGUGGGCUGCGGUUUUGUUCAAUUUAAAAGAGUGACGGACGCAUCGAAGGCAAUAUUUCAAACCAACAAACAAGAAGUUUUAGGACGACCAAUAAAUACUGAUUGGGCAAUAUCAAAGGAUAAAUAUUACGAGAAAGUGAAAAAGGAAGAAAAUCCUGAAGAAGAAUCGGAAAAUGUUGUGGAAUUGAAAGAAAAUAAAGAGAAAGAAGAUGAUGAUGAUGCUGCUGAUGCAGAAAAAGAAGAAAAAGAGGAAGAAAAAUCAGUGAAAAAAAAGAACAAGAAGAAUCAAAAUUUAAAUAAAGCAGAAGAACGAAAAUUACAGAAAAAUCAGAAACGAAAGAAACGAGCGCGAAUUGUCGUUCGUAAUUUGUCGUUCAAGGCAACUGAGGAAAAUAUAAAAGAACAUUUCUCCCAACACGGGAAAGUUGAAGACGUUCAAAUAUUGAAGAAACCGAACGGCACCCCAAUCGGCUGUGCAUUCGUUCAAUUUGAAAGGGUUCAAAGUGCGGCGCAAGCAAUUCACUAUUUAAAUUUGAAACCCCUUCUCGACAGGGAAGUCGUCGUCGAUUGGGCCGUUCCAAAGAGUAAAUUUAACACAACACCGGAAGUUAAGCACGAGGAAAUUGACAUCACCGACGAAACUGAAGGCGAAACGAAAAUUGAAACCGACAUUCCUGUCGAAAUAAAAGAGGAACCGGAAACUGAUGAUGAUGAUGAUGAUGAUGAAAAAGCGUCGGUUAAAAGUGAGGAUGACGAUGCUUCGGUGAAGAGCGAAAAAAGCGAUGAUGAUGAUGAAGACGAAGAAGAUGAUGAAAAUGAUGAUGAAGAUGAGGAAAAUGAUGAUGAUGAUGAUGAUGAAGACGAAAAAGAUGAGAAAAAGUUUAAAAUCGAAGAAGAUGAUGAUUCAAGACCGCGUAGAGUUUCGAAUGAUGUCAGUGAAGGAAAAACCGUUUUUCUAAAAAAUGUUCCUUUCCAAGCAAAGAAUGAGGAUCUGAAAUAUUGCAUGGAACAAUUUGGACCCGUUUUUUAUGCAUUAGUUUGCGUUGAUCCUUUGACUGAACAUUCUAAAGGAACAGCUUUUGUCAAAUUUAGGAAUGUCGAAGACGCCGAAAAGUGUUUAGCGGCUGGUACAGAAUUGAAAAUUUUUGAUCAAAUCUUAGAUCCACAUCGUGCACUUCAUAAAAAUGAAGUGGUUGAGAGGAAGAAUAUAAAAUCCGAAAAAGUCAAGGACUCGAGAAAUUUGUAUCUAGUCAAGGAAGGAGUAAUUCUCGCUCGUCAUCCAUCUGCAGUCGGCGUCUCGGCUCAAGAUAUUGAGAAACGCUUGCAACUAGAACGAUGGAAAUCGCAAAUUUUACGCAACUUGAAUAUGUUCGUUUCGAGAAUUCGUCUCGUUGUACAAAAUUUACCGCCGUCAAUGAACGAUUCACAACUUCGGGAAAUUUUCAAAAAACACUCUGGACCAAAUGCCGUCAUCUCUGAGGCACGUGUGAUGAGAAAUUUAAGAAAACCGGACGCAAAUGGAAUUGGAGAAUCGAAAGAAUAUGGUUUUGUCUCAUUUACUUCACAUGAAGAUGCUUUGAAAGCUCUAAGGAGCAUUAAUAAUAAUCCAAAUAUUUUUUCAAAGCAAAAGAGGCCAAUCGUCGCUUUUUCGAUAGAAAAUCGUGUGAUUAUUAAUGCGAAACAGAAGCGAUUUAACAAAAGUAGGGAAAAUAAUCCACUUUGGACGGGAAAUAAGGAAAAAUCCGAAGAACCACAAAAAAAGCGGCGGAAAUUUGAAAAGGAACAAAAACCAAAAACUUCGUCUGAUUCUUAUCAGGGAAUUAUGAGUCAACCAUCAAAAAUAAAGGGAAAACCAACAUUUAAAGUUGAAAAACAAGCGGGAUUGUAUAAGGAUUUAUUAAAAAAUCAAAAGAAGCAAACAAAAAUGGCGAAAUUCUUGAAGCAGAAGAAACAAAAUGAGGCUCAAUCGAGAAGAGAAAUAAAGCCGAAACAGGGAAAGAAGAAAGUCAAUUCAGAUGAGAAAAAUUUUACCAAACUUGUCAACAGUUAUAAACAAAAACUCGUCAGUUCUUCGCAAGUUAAGUCAAAGUGGUAUGACACAUAAUGUUAAGAAAAAAUUUAAUAAAAGAAAAAAAAUAUUCAAUUGUUUUAAUUGAUAUUUUUGAUUUACUAAGUAAAAAAAAAAAAAAAAAAAAAAAUUCGAACUAUGCCG